CCUGUGCCCCCCCCGCGGCCCCCGGCCCGGCGGGGCGGCUCGGCGCGGCUCGGCAGCGCCCUCCGCUCCCAUCGGCCUCGCCACGGCCCCGACCCAGCCCGGCGAGAGGCGACCGGGGGCGACCAGGAUGCCCCAGGAGCGCCGCUCUGUCCCACCAUGUCAGUCUCCAAACUGCAGGACAUGGAUGAGGUUUUUGAUUUUACCGCUGUGGUUCCAGAGACGCCGCGCCUGGACAGCAGCCUGCACAAAGCCCGGGCCCGCCUGCUGGCCAAGGGCCGCCGCCACCGGCCCUCCCGCUCCCGCCUGCGCGACAGCGCCAGCUCCACCGAGGGCGAUGAGGGGCCCGACACUGCAGGCACUGAGGGUGAUGGUAGCCCCCCGACGCUCUCGUCCUUCUCCCGUGCUGGCGACUUCUCCUCCGAGGUGGGGGUGGGGAGGGUGGCACUGGGGGACCCCCCGGCUCCCACGGCCCCCCUCAGCCGCUACCGGCCCCUCACCAACACCUCAUCCCAGGAGGGGCUGUCGGGCCCCCCCGUUCCCAAAUCCUGUCCCAGCUCUGACAGCUCCCCCGGCUUCGCCCGCCGUGAUGCCCGGCCCUGGCAGCACAGCGAAGAUGACAGCCGGGACAUGAGCCCCCCUGAGCCUGCCAGUCCCACUGUGGGGCUGGACAAGAAAACACGAAGGAAGUUCUUGGACUUAGGGGUGACCCUGCGCCGGGCGUCCUCUGGUAAGAGCCGGAAGGAGAAGAGCAGCAACCGCCUGUCCAUGGGCAGCAGGGAGGCAGCAGAGGGUCCUGGCCGCCCCUCGGGCUCCUCCUUCAUGCCCUUUUCGUGGUUCUCGGACAGUGCCAGGGGCUCGGUCUCCCCUGGCUCCGCAUCCCCCGCCAGUUCCCCCCGGCACGAGGGGCUCAGCCCCGCCAAAUCCGCCUCCCAGGACUCAACGCUGAGCGAGGACUCCCCCCCGCCCAGCGCAAGCCCCCGCCUGCCCGGGCCCCGCACCAAGUGCUCGUACCCCUACCACACCCUGUCCCAGUCCUCGGACGAGUUCCUGGAGGAGCCCCCCGGCGUGGCCGUGGGCUGGACGUGCCAGCAGGUGGGGCAGUGGCUGGAGAGCCUGAGCCUGGAGCAGUACGUGCAGGAGUUCUUAGCCCAUGGCGUGGACGGGCCCCAGCUCCUGCACCUCAACGGGGCCAAGCUCAAGGCGCUGGGGGUGGGCAGCCCCCAGGACAGGGCGGUGCUGAAAAGGAAGCUGAAGGAGCUGAGCCUGGCAGCCGAGAGGGAGCGCAAGGCCCAGGAGAAGGCAGAGAAGCAGCGAGAGAAGCAGAAGAAGAAAGACCUGCAGGAGCAGCGGCGGAGUUGAGGGGGGAACCUGGGAGUGCCCCUACACCCCCUCCCCACCCACAGCGUGGGACACACCGGCACGGCCGAGGGACGGUGCCAGGCUGAGACAGGCAUGGAACACCACGUGCCAUCCCCUCCUCCAGCCCCCUCCCCGCCUGCACCCCUGCACCCCACAGGCACAGCCUGGACCCCCUCUCCCCCCUAGGGGCCCCUUUUCCAGAUGCAAGUGGCACAUUGGACACCCCCAUCCUGCCCCAUCACCCCCCACCCCAUCAGCAGCACCCCAAGGCGGGCAGGGAGGUCACAGCCAGCACUGGCUGGGGACAGUGUGUGGCCUGAGCCCCCCCACACAGGGACACCCCCAAAUUGGGCAUGGGGGGCAACUGCUGACCUCCCCACACCCUCCCAAAUAUGGCGUCCCAGAGGCCAUCCCAGGAAAUAAAAGGGUAUCAAGGGCCAGUGCAAA